AUGACCCGGGGCACUACAAGAUCAGGGAUCACUACAAGACCAGGGGCACUACAAGACCAGGGGGGGGGCAUUUCAGGACCAGGGGUACAACAAGACCCGGGGCCCAACAGGACACGGGGCACUACAAGACCAGGGGCAUUAAGAGACCCGGGUCAUUAUAAGGCACGGGGCACUAAAAGACCAAGGAGCACUACGAAACCCGGGAACUACAAGUCCCGGGGCAUCAACAAAAUGGGGGCACUACAAGACCAGGGGCUCUACAAGACCAGGGGCUCCACAAGCUCCGGGGCACUACAAGACUCGGAGCACCAUAAAACCAGAGGCACUACAAGACCAGGGGCACUACAAGACUAUGGGCACUAUAAGGCAAGGAGUCUCUACAUGUCAAGGGGCAUUACACGAUUAGGGGGCAAUACAAGACCGGGGACACAACAUGACCCGGGGCACUAUAAGAUCCGGGACACCACAGGACCUAGGGCACCACAAGACCCGGGGCACCACAAGACCCAGGGCACCACAAGACCCGGGGCACUACAAGACCUGGGGCACAUUAAGACCCAGGGCACCACAAGACCCGGGGCACCACAAGACCAGGGGCACCACAAGACCCGGGGCACCCCAAGACCAGGGGCACUACACGAACCGGGGCACAUUAAGACCCAGGGCACCACAAUACCCGGGGCACUACAAGACCAGGGGCAUUACAAGACUCGGGACACUACAAGACCAAUGGGCAUUACAAGUUUAGGGGCAUUAUAA